CUUUUUUAAAGGGAAAUUCAGGCAGUGCCUCUGGCUGCCACAAAAGCGGGCAGAGCCCAAAGACAUCCCCACCUGGACUGUAGAGGGCUUCUCCCCUCUGGACUUCCAGCAUGUGCUGCUCACCCCUGGACAGCCCCAGGACCCCAGCUUUAGGGACAGCAUAUUUCUCAAACUUCUGGUCUGGGCUGGAUCUUAUCACACCAUCUUCUCCUUUAAUUCUCACAAGGCUGAGGACAGAAGAUACCCUACAGUGACCCAGAAACUGGACUCGCAGGCUGAUCCCCAGCCUCUGGCUAGUUCCUUAGCUUUGCUGAACCUUGGUCACCUCAUCUAUAAAAUGGAGAACAACAACAACAAAAUGAAAACACAUCGUUUCAUUUACUAUUCGGACACUGGCUGGGCUGUGGGGGCUGAGGAGUCUGACUUUGAAGGCUGGGCCUUCCCCUUCCCUGGCGUGACACUGAUAGAGGACUUCGUGACCCGAGAAGAAGAAGCUGAGAUGGUGCAGCUGAUGGACCGUGAGCCUUGGAAACUCUCACAGUCUGGACGGAGGAAGCAGGACUAUGGUCCCAAAGUCAACUUUCGGAAACAAAAGCUCAAGACUGCUGGCUUCCAAGGCCUCCCCAGCUUCAGCCGGGAGAUAGUGCGGAGAAUGGGCCUCUACCCCAUCCUGGAGGACUUCCGGCCCGUGGAGCAGUGUAACCUGGACUACUGCCCAGAACGGGGCUCAGCCAUUGAUCCCCACUUGGAUGACACCUGGCUGUGGGGGGAGCGGCUAGUGAGCCUCAACCUCCUGUCCCCCACUGUGCUGUCCAUGUCCCGGGAGGCGCCCGGCAGCCUACUGCUCUGCCUGGCCCCAUCCGGCUUCCCGGAAGCUCUGGAAGGUGUGAUGGCCCCUAGUAGGUCCGUCCUGUGCCAGGAGGUGGAGGUGGCCGUCCCCGUACCCCGCCGCUCUCUGCUUGUGCUCACCGGAGCUGCACGGCACCAGUGGAAGCAUGCCAUCCACCGCAGACACAUCGAGGCCCGCCGUGUGUGUGCCACCUUCAGGGAGCUGUCGGCCGAAUUCGGUCCCGGUGGGAGGCAGCAAGAACUUGGGCAGGAGCUCCUGCAAAUCUCUCUCUCCUUUCAGGGGAGACCCAUGUGAGCCGCCUUCCUGGGGACAGGAGCUGGCACGGGGCCUGGCCCAGGGUGCCGCUCCAGACUUGACCCUUUGCCAGGAUUGAAGGGGGAGCCCAGCACAAGGGUCUUCCUUCCCCCCUCAUUAGGUUUCCAGAGAAGACUGCCGACACCCUGACGUCAUGGCAGCGCACGCCCUGCCGGGAACUGGUUUGAGGGGAUGUGUCUCAGGUCAGUCCCCUUUGAGCUGCACUGUGGCCACCUGUUUGGGUUAAUUUGUCACAUUUGAGGGAAGUGGCAUAAUUUGAGCUUUAAAAACUUUGGAAUCACUUAAAACCAUUUUCUCCUUUAUCCA